AUAGGAGAGGAGACAAAGGACCCGCAAACUGGGAGGAGAAGAAGAUCCAUCACGCAACCCGAGCCAACCCGCUCACGUGUUGGUUUUACGCAGCGCUUUUACGCACGUUUUUUUGUUUCCCCCCUUCUUUUUCUUGAUCCGCUCUGCUCUGAAUCCGAGUCUCGGUGCGCUGAUUUGGGAUCUGUUUGACCUCGGGCGCCGGUGUUUUCUCUCCGCAGAGGCUUCGCUUUGAAAAUGGAGCGUGUGCCUUUAAGGCGCCCGACCGCCUGCCGCUUUGUGCUGCGGAGAGACUGACGCCCUCUGGACACAGUGGACACCGGAGCGGCGGCGGAUCACCAUCCCGGAGGAGUUCAAAGAGAAAACCAGCUCCGCUUCUUACAAAAAAAACCCAACCUGGAGGCUUAUCGACUGCGUUCAGGUGUUUUCCCGUCGCGCGCUGGUGAGACCGUCAGGAUGAGGUCCGCUCGGCUCAUCCUCCCCGCCACGGCAGCGCUGCUCUUCCUCCUGGCCGGACUCUCUCUGACCUCCGGCUGCAACAAAGCCCUCUGCGCCAGCGACGUCAGCAAGUGUCUCAUUCAGGAGCUGUGCCAGUGCCGUCCCUCGGAUGGAAACUGCUCCUGCUGCAAAGACUGCAUGCUGUGUCUGGGGAACCUGUGGGAGGAAUGCUGCGACUGCGUUGGGAUGUGUAACCCCAAGAACUACAGCGACUCUCCUGCCACCUCCAAGAGCACGGUGGAGGAGCUGCACCGCCCCAUCCCCUCGCUGUUCCGCGCCCUGACGGAGGGCGACGCGCCCAUCAACAUGAUGGUGGUGUCCUUCCCCGUGGCGGAGGAGUUCACGCACCACGAGAACCUGGUUUCCUUCCUGGAGUCGCUCAACAGCCAGCCGCAGAACGUGUCGGUGCCCGGGAACAGCAUCCACACCGGCAUCGAUCCUCACGAGAAAAUGUGCACGGUGGUUUACUUUGACGACUGCGUCUCCAUUCGUCAGUGCAAGCAGUACUGUGAGUCAAUGGGCGGAUCAAAGUACCGCUGGUUUCACAACGCCUGCUGCCAGUGCAUCGGCCCAGAGUGCCUGGACUACGGCAGCAAGGCUGUCAAGUGCUUGAACUGUCUGUUCUGACCCGAACCGAUCCGAUCCAAUCUCUGGGCACAUGUUGGCACCAAAAGACUGAGGGAAGAGAAACCCAUCACUGUUAUAUGUUAGCAUUCCUCAGUAACCAUGUAAAAUAAACCCCCGCCUCCUCCUUCCUUCCUCUCCUCCUCCUGCAAAUUGUUUUUUAUUCUGCUGUUACUGUAUAUUUUUAGAUAUGUCUACCAUAGUGUGUUUUUUACUAGAGGUGUAUAUGAAUAAUGUAUUUUUGCAAUUACUGUCAGCAAAAUCCCAGUCUUGUACCAAAUAAAGAAAAGAUUUGGUAACUUAAGUGUUUGUGUUACAAAGGCUAGUCUCAGUUUAACAGAAUUAAACCUUGUUUGCCCAUUUUUCACUGCUUUUAAAGCUGCAGUGUGUAACUUUUAUAAAGAUAUUUUCUACAUAUUUGUUGAAACUGUUAUUGUGCUGUGACAGAACAUUAUGAGACAGAUAAUCUGUAAAAAAAAAGGAGCUUCUCUGCUUUCUCCCAGUGGUAACUAGAAACAACCAAUCAGAGCCAGGAGGCGGGGCUUAGCGCUGUUAAUCACCCUUCAUGUGGCACCACUGAAUGCUAAGGCUAGUUAGCAUGGCCAACAAUGACGUUGGAUAAAUAGUUUUCCUGUAACUUUAAGGUGUUUCUCUGCCAUUAGCAUAUUUACAACAAGUAUAUGACAUUGAUUGACAGCGCUAAGACCCCGCCCCUGGUUGUGAUUGGUUGUUUUUGGUCAGAGUGAUACAUUUUUCCAGAUGGCAAUAGCAUCUCAGGGAGAGUAUCUGUCUCAUAAACUGUCACAACAUAGUAACAAUUUAACAAACAUGUAAAAAAAAUCCCCAUAUUUUUAAAAUAAAAGUUGCACACUGCAGCUUUAAAAGAUAUCAUAGUUAUGUAGUUACUGUUAAUAGUUUGAUUUUUGACUCAUGAAAUCUUUCUGUUUUGGUUCUUCUGGGCCUGAAUGCUGUAGUAGUUACAGUAAGAGUCAGAAUCUUAUGUUUAAUCUCUUUACAAACCAUCAAUCAUAUUCAGUUUUAAGCCCAAUUUUUCAGUAGGAGUUUCUGCGUCCAAUGAAUGAAUGUUGGUCAUUUGGAGUUCCACAAGGCUUCAUUCUAGGAAUCCUUCGAGAUUUAAUUUCCCUGUUAAUAAUUUUGCUGUCUAAAAAUGUUGGAUCGUUUAAAUGAAGAAAUUUAAACCAAAAAAACUGUAAUUCUUUUUAUAACAGGCAUAGAAAACAGGUGAAUUAGUUUUUCUCACUCUUUACAUGUGGCGUUCCACAAGGCUCCAUUCUUGGUACCCUGCUGCUCUCUUUUUGUGAAAUCCUUUGGAAUCCAUUUGUUGAGAUUAUAUUCUGCCUAAUAUGAUAGCCCGGCCCUAAUACAACAUUUAUUUUUAUUAAGAGAAUAAAGUCAUAACAUUA